ACGAGGGCAUCGGCCAGUGCUUUGGUGGAGGACCAGACCGGAAAUGGUAGUUUCCAUGGUAACUCCUGAGCGGGUUGCCUGGGAGAUGACCCCUUUCGCUCUCUCUGAAUCUGUGCUGUAGCGUCACUUCUAAGGCAGAUCUAACUGAUCUUCUUGGACUGUCUCCUGCCAUGAUUCCCGGGAAAUACCGCUCUGUUUCUGGCCGGGCUGCGAGCAACGUGAACUGUGGGCUUCAUCUGGUAAUUCAAACAUCAUCGCUUCCUGAAAAAAACAAAGUUGAACUCAAGCUAAAUAAAGAAACGCCAUCAUUCCCUGGUCGACUCUUACAACAUGAUCUUGAAAGAAACUACUCAAGUAGGCAAGGUGACCAUAUUAAUUUGGUGAGCUCAUCAAUGCCAUCAUUUCCCAUUCUCCAACGUUCUUCUGAAGAGAAAAUUCUUUACUCAGACAGGUUGACCCUAGAAAGGCAAAAGCUGACUGUAUGUCCUAUCAUCGAUGGGGAAGAACACCUUCGUCUGUUGAACUUUCAACACAAUUUUAUAACUCGGAUCCAAAAUAUUUCUAAUCUGCAGAGGCUAAUAUUCUUGGAUUUAUAUGAUAACCAGAUUGAAGAAAUUAGUGGGCUUUCUACUCUGAGAUCCCUCCGUGUCCUUCUGUUGGGGAAAAACAGAAUCAAGAAAAUCUCAAAUCUGGAGAACCUAAAAAGCUUAGAUGUCUUGGACCUUCAUGGAAAUCAGAUUACCAAAAUUGAAAAUGUCAAUCAUUUGUGUGAUUUGAGAGUUUUAAAUCUUGCCAGGAACCUCUUAAGUCAUGUUGAUAAUCUUAAUGGGCUGGAUUCACUAACUGAGCUUAACCUGCGACACAAUCAAAUCACUUUUGUGAGAGAUGUGGAUAAUUUGCCCUGCCUCCAACGUCUGUUUCUCAGCUUCAACAAUAUAUCUACUUUUGAGAGUGUUUGUUGCCUUGCUGAUUCUACUUCUCUCUCAGACAUCACUUUUGAUGGCAAUCCAAUAGCUCAAGAGUCAUGGUACAAGCACACUAUCCUUCAGAAUAUGAUGCAGCUGCGCCAGCUAGAUAUGAAGAGAAUCACGGAAGAAGAAAGGCGUAUGGCAUCUGUUGUAGCCAAAAAAGAGGAAGAGAAGAAGCGAGAAAGUCAUAAGCAAUCUUUGCUUAAGGAGAAGAAAAGGUUAAUAAUUAACAACGUAGCUCGAAAGUGGGACUUGCAACAACAUCGAAUUACCAAUAUUGCUACAAACCAAGAUGGAAAAGAUUCAGACUCUCAGGACCACUGUCAGAACGAUGGAAGCACCAUCUCUGCAUUUCCAGAGGAAACAGGGUCUCUGGACUCAGGACUCACCAGUGCUUUACAAGGUCUAUCUGUCACAGACACACACCUUGUCGAAGUGGAUGGAGACACACUUUCCUUGUAUGGCUCAGGAGCGCUGGAAUGUCUGGAUCGGAAUUGGAGCGUGCAAACAGCAGGAAUGGUGACAACAGUGUCCUUCACUUUCAUAGAAUUUGAUGAAAUCGUCCAAGUGCUUCCCAAAUUGAAGAUUAAGUUUCCUAAUUCUUUGCACCUUAAAUUCAAGGAAACAAAUCUUGUAAUGCUGCAGCAAUUUAAUGCACUAGCAGAACUCCGUCGAGUUGACCAGCUGACAGUUGAUCCUCAAGGAAAUCCAGUUGUCAAUUUUACACUCUGGAAAUAUUAUGUUCUGUUUAGACUGAGCCAUUUUAAUAUGCAGAAAAUAAAUGGAACAGAGGUGACGCAAAAUGAUAUGAUAAUGGCUGAAAGGCUCUUUGGAAUCCUAGCACAUGUAGCAUCUUCUGAAUUACCCCAGUACCAUCUGAUUUCAAUUCUGGGUGAUGCCAGGAAGAAGCAAUUCCGGUAUCUUCUAGAAACGAAAGGGAAAAAACCUGGUAUUGUCAAUGAAGAAAAUAAUGAUAGCAAGAGACUUGUGGGAGAAAGCACAAAUCGUGCUACACUAAAUUAUACCACAAGAGACUUUUAUAAUGAAAAGCUAGAGGAAAUAAAGGAAAAAAAGAAAUUCUGCAAGAUGUACAUCGAGGAUCUUGUGAAGGAAGCCACAGAAAUCAACAUGAAAAAUGAGGCUUUGCAGAAGCUUUGGCCACAGAUAUUCAUUGAGCUUGUUAGGGACGCAGUCAUGGAGAUCCGCAAUAAAAAUUCCUAUAUGAAGCUUUGCCUACAGCAGAUAACUGACCAAAAAUAGAAAUGGCUUUUAGUUACAGUUGAUUUUUGCAGUUUUAUGUUUUUGAAGGUUGAAAAUAUGCAGGUUAAACAUGUUAAAACAGCAACAACGCUAUCCUACAAAUUAGAAAGACUAGCGUCAAAGCAUUAUUGCCUACUGUUCUUGUAGUUAAAGGUUAGGAAGAAAAGAAGGAAAGAGAGGGAAAGGGAGGAGUCAUUUCCUGUGUAUGUUGACCAAGCAAUCUUUGGGAACUAAGCAGUCUUUAGAGAUAGCCUGGGCCUUGAAUGGGCCCCGCAUCUUCAGCUCUUGCUUUUGACUGGUGCCCCUGCUAUAGCCCAAAGCACGUAGUGUUUGCUCAUGGUUCAGCAUGAGUUGCUUCUAUCUACUUUCAGCUGAUAAUUUUUAGUUACUUGCCUCUUUAUUUUAUGUCAUUAUUUCAAAGCCAAAAAUAUGUUCUUUUUUAUGA